UUUUUAUUUAUUUUUUUCACGGCUUCGUACCAAUGACAUUAUGUCAUUGCUUUGUACCGAAUUCAAAUUCAAAUUACGUUUGCGAUGAAGAAAAGAAAAAAAGAGACAGAUAUGAAAACAAAGGCACCUUAUAAAAUAGCCGAUAUAAAAUUAGCAAAACAUGGAAGAAAAGAAAUUGAGCUUGCUGAGAAUGAAAUGCCGGGAUUAAUGUUAUUGAAGAAACGAUAUGGACAUUCGAAACCUCUCAAAGGUGCUAAAAUUGCUGGUUGCCUGCAUAUGACAAUCCAAACUGCCGUUUUGAUAGAAACCCUGAUUGAAUUAGGAGCUGAGGUAAAAUGGUCUAGUUCUGAUAUAUUAUCAACUCAAGAUCAUGCUGCUGCUGCGAUUGCAAAAGCAGGGGUUGCUGUUUAUGCUUGGAAAGGAGAAACAGAUGAAGAAUUUUUGUGGUGCAUGGAACAAACCUUAUUAUUUCCUGAUGAUCAUCAACUUAAUAUGAUUUUAGAUGAUGGUGGAGUUUUAACUAAUUUGAUUCAUGAUAAAUAUCCAAACUUUUUAGCAGGCAUUGUAGGAAUUUCCGAACAAACGACUACUGGUAUUAAUAAUGCUAGGAUUAUGCUCAAGAGAGGAAAUUUAAAGCUUCCCCUUAUCAAUGUCAAUGAUUCCGUCACAAAAAGCAAAUUCGAUAACUUGUAUGGCUGUCGUGAAUCCCUAUGUGACGGCAUUAAACGCGCUACGGAUAUAAUGGUCGCCGGUAAAGUGUGUUUAGUGGCUGGUUAUGGUGAUGUAGGAAAAGGCUCGGCUCAGUCAUUGAGAGGCCUAGGGGCUCGGGUCAUCAUCAGUGAAAUCGAUCCCAUCAAUGCCCUUCAGGCCGCUAUGGAAGGCUAUGAGGUAAACACUAUCGAGAAUGUAGUGGAGCAGUGUUCCAUUUUCGUUACCACAACCGGAUGCAAAGAUAUCAUAAGGGGCCCCCACUUCCUUAAAAUGCGGGAGGACGCUAUAGUGUGUAACAUAGGCCAUUUCGAUACAGAGGUAGAUGUUAAGUGGCUCAAUGCCAAUUGCUGUAAAAUGACUAACAUCAAACCUCAGGUUGACAGAUAUCUUCUUCCAAGCGGUCGUCAUAUUAUAUUACUCUGCCAGGGUAGGCUCGUAAAUCUAGGCUGCGCUAACGGUCAUCCCAGUUUCGUUAUGAGCAAUUCUUUCAGUAAUCAGACCUUGGCUCAAAUCGAACUUUGGACCAGACAGAAGGAAUACAAAAAAAUGAAACCGGCUAUACAUUUGUUAUCGAAGAAGUUGGACGAAGAAGUGGCCAGAUCUCAUUUGGAUCAUUUGGGAGUCGUUCUAACGAGGCUUACCAAAGAUCAAGCUGAAUACAUUAAUGUCCCUUUGGAUGGUCCUUAUAAACCAGAUUUAUACCGAUAUUAAAAUUUUAUAAACACUUUUUAUAUAUAUAUAUAUUAUAUAUACAGUAUUACAAAUGAAUUGUCAAUUAUUUUUUCACAAUAUCCUUUCAUUCGUGGAAUUAUCAAAAAUAUUGAAUACCUUUUUU